AUUUUUAGAGAUUUUAAGGAAAUGAUUGGCAUUUUCUCCCCAAAGAAGAAAGAGGAAAAGAUUGAUCUCUCAAAAGAAGAAUUCAAAGAGUAUAAAAGAAAGUCUAGGAAAGGAAAGAAAUACCUCUAAAGACUCUUUCACCUUCUCAAAGAAUUAAAUUUCUUCAAAAAGAACUAGACAGAGAUGACAAGGAGAUAGUUUUGAAUCCACCAAAGUAUAAGAUUCCAACUGUUGAAGGGGUUAAUAUAAAGAAAGUACUCAAAGUCUUGAGAUCUCAAGAGUCUGAAUUCCAUCCUUUUCAUUGGUACUGCUUUUACAGAUCAGGGCACAAUAGGCAAGACUUAAACAAACACAGCAAGUAUAAAGAUGACAAGAUGAAGAAGAGAGCCGAUAAAGCUGACAUCCCUGUUACCACCGCCAGAGAUGUUUGGAAGACAAUUAGAGAUCUUGAUGAUCAACCUGAGACAUUUGGCAUAAGUUCUUACGGCACAUUGCCAAAUAUAGGAAUGUCAUUGCCAAAGACUCAACAAAAGUUACAAGUCUUUGUUGAUCCAAACGAGCCACCCUUCGAAAUCAAUAAGAAUUCGAUUAACAUGCUAGCCUCCCCUAGAACUGCUCGCUCACAGAAGAAGUCUUCUAAAAUUUGAAGGAAAAUGUCCAAAAAAUUCUGGCCUUCUGAGCCUAUCACUAGUUAUAAAGAAAUUGAAAUGUCAGACGACAGCUGCAACUCUGAAGAAUGUGAUAAACAAGUUAAGUCUAUUAUUAGAGGAUAUUUCCAGGCCAAAAAUAAAGAUAUGAGAAGUUUCUGAGACGCUGAUUUUGAGGAGAUCUUACAUAUCUCCAAACAUCAUAACCCAUACACUGAGAUCAUUAGUAACGGAGCAGGAGAAGAUGUACUAAUCGAGGACCAAUAUUAUAACCCAUUUAAGAGCCGAAAUAUAGCAUCUGAGUUUAGAAAAAGUAAGAAAACAGUAACUUUUGAUCCACAUGAAGCGAAAAGACUCCAGAAAACUCAGCAAUCCUUCUGGAACACUAGAAGUAAUCCUAAUAUCCAUUAUUCAAAGCCAGAAAAAUCUAGGAACAGAGGUAGUUUGUCUGAUAAUUUUUAUUAGUAAAAAGCGACUUUGCAUCGUCAACAGGGUUUUCUUCAUAUUCAAGGCAUACGAAGAGCAAGAAAAAUAGGGACCUAAUGUAUAAAACUAUGAGAAAUGGAAAUGUUUAUCCAAGAACCCUCAAGCCCCAUGUGCCAGGUACCUCAAAGAUCAGAACCAGAAUCCUUAAGAAAAAGUACGGAGAUCUUCCCGGGUUUGUUGAGAACAAGGCAAUGACUAGAAGGCAUGACUAGCUAGUUUUGAAUAAUUCAUAGUUGGAAAUAAUUA